AGGAUUUUUGCUUUCUUCCUUUUGCGGCCGGUCGCCUCUGCUCUCAAAUUCAUUUCACCGUUAACUCCUCGCACUCUCCGCUCCUUUCUUCUUCGUCUCUCUUCUUCUCUUCCUCACACACACACACACACACACACACACACAAUCCUCAUUUCCAUUUAUAGAUACAAUAUAAACACACACCUUCCUAUUUUCAAGAAACACAGCUGCUGAAUUUCAACAGAGAUAUCAUCAAUUAUCGAGAAAGAGGGAGAAAGCUUUGAAAUUGGAAAGAAUUUUGGCUUCCCUUUUCGUUCAAUUGAAGAAGGGGUUUGUGUUUUGGUGAAAUUUUCCAUAUGUAAUGCAUCAGAAGAAAUCUGAAUUACAGAUCGGAACAGAAAGCAGCGGCGUCUCUUCCGAUUUCAACCCCACCCCACCCCUCCCCCCUUCCUCCCUCACCCAGAAACACAAUCCGCCGCCUCCUUCCCCCAAUCCCGCCCUCCAAAUCCUCAUCAACGACGACAAUCAGCACCACGACCAGAAUGACCCUUCCAAACCCACCCCCUUCAAGCGCCCCCAUCUCCAGCACCAAUUCUCCCGCUCCCUUACCAAGACCCCCACUCUCUCCGCCGCCCUCCACCGCUACGGCGUCGACCCGCCUCCAAAAUUCAGCCUUUUCCACAACCGCUCUCAGAAGUUCUUGACCCAUUUCCACCACCACCUCCGCCACCUCCGCCGCCGCCUCCGCCUCCAUCUCCGCCUCAUCCUCCUCCUCAGCCUCCCCUUCUUCUACUUCCUCGUCUCCCACCCUUCCCGCUCAUUCAUUCUUGAUUUCCUAUCCGCUUUCGCCUUCUCAGCCGUCCUCCUCUUUUCCCUCAAUUUAGCUGUCCCGAGGCUCCCCACGAUCAGGUUGUUCCUUGCCAAGUCCUUGCCGAUUAAGAUAAACGCCAAGGACCAUGUGAGCCGGCCGCAUUUGCCCGUGUUUUGGUCGAUUGGUUCGAGGCAGAAGGCCGAUAAGAAGGCGAUUUCCGGGUGCUAUGUGCAGGCAUACACCAAUGGGGAUGUCUAUGAGGGUGAUUUUCACAAGGGGAAAUGUAGUGGGAGUGGAGUGUAUUACUAUUACAUGAGUGGGAGGUAUGAAGGUGAUUGGGUUGAUGGCAAGUAUGAUGGCUAUGGGGUUGAGACGUGGGCGCGGGGCAGCCGGUAUAGAGGGCAGUACCGGCAGGGCCUUAGGCAUGGUUUCGGAGUAUAUAGGUUUUACACUGGUGAUGUUUAUUCCGGGGAAUGGUCUAGUGGGCAGAGCCAUGGGUGCGGGGUUCAUACCUGCGAGGAUGGUAGCCGAUAUGUAGGCGAGUUUAAGUGGGGUGUUAAACAUGGUCUUGGACACUAUCAUUUCAGGAAUGGAGAUAGAUAUGCUGGAGAGUAUUUUGCAGACAAAAUGCAUGGAUUUGGGUUCUACUAUUUUGCAAACGGCCAUCGUUAUGAGGGUGCCUGGCAUGAGGGGAAGAGGCAGGGGCUUGGAAUGUACACUUUCAGAAGUGGUGAAACUCAGUCGGGCCACUGGCAAAAUGGAAUUCUUGACAUUCCUAGCACACAGACCAAUGUAUAUCCCAUUUCGCCUGUUGCUGUCAAUCACUCUAAAGUGCUCAACGUUGUUCAGGAAGCUCGACGAGCUGCAGAAAAGGCGUAUGAGGUGAGCAAGGUGGACGAGAGAGUGAACAGGGCAGUAACAGCAGCUAACAGGGCAGCUAAUGCAGCAAGAGUAGCAGCAGUCAAAGCUGUGCAAAAGCAAAUGCAUCACAAGAGCAACAGCGAUGACAUCCCGAUCCCCAUCAUGUAAGACUGGCCGGUUGUGACUUGUAUCAGAAAAAAAAUAACAAAAAGAAAAGACGGAUGGUAAACUGACGACGCCUCCAAUUUUACUAUGUUCCCUCGUUCAAACAUCAUGUGUUUUUCUAAGUGAGAGCUGAAUUUCGAGCAGCUCGUUGGCACUGCGGAGAAUGGGAUUGCUCUCCCAUGUUCAUCUAGCUUCUUUUUUUCUCUUUUCAUUUUCUUGUGUUCUUUUUUCUUUUUUCUUUUUUCUUUUUUGGCUUCUGUAAAGUUCAAAUAGGUAUAUAUAUGAUUGAGGGCUGGUGCAAAGGGAAAACCCUUACUCAAGCAGCCCUGUAUGUGGUGAUGAUGUAACAAAUGAGAAAACUCGAGAGAGAAUGUUGUAAUAUUUCUACCUUAAAGUGUUGGCUUCACCA